AUGACCUCGCCGCUGCGUCAUUCAACGCUUCCCUCCACUCCACGAUUGACCGCAGGGUCACCGGCCGUACUUUCCAUGUCCACUCCAACGCUUCUGAGCGGUCAUGUGGAGGCGACUACAUGCGUGCUGUGCCAUCAAGACCUAGGGAUGGCGUUGAGGAAGUGCUCAAGGUGCUCAAACACUUUUCAUCACAUGUGUGCCAUUGAAAUUGCCGAGACGCAGGGGUGGAGCGAAGCACCGGAGGGACAGGAG